AUGGAUAGAAAAUCUGCUAGAAUAAAAGCAGAGUUGCAAAGAUAUGGUUGGAGAGUUUCGAAGAAGUUUAAAUAUAGGAAGGGAAGACCCAUAAAAGUCUAUGACAAACUGGCUGGUCUUCGCUACGAAAUGGAUUUGGAAACAGCACGUGCCAAUUAUCCAAACAGACUAGAGAGGUUAGAAGAAGAACGUCUUAUGGACAUGCCUUUCGAUGUUAGUGAACCUCAAGUUGAAGGACACGACGGCUUUGCCAGAUUCUACUGGAAACAUGACGAACAAUUGCAUCCUUUGAGAAGGAAAAAAGGUAGUGCAGAGGAUGGUCAUGCUCCCAUGGAAAGAACAAGAUAUGCAUAUGAGAAGUAUCGUGAAGUUAGAAGUCAAAUUACUUCUGGUCGAACCUUUACAGUAAACUUUGACGAAGGAAAGAACAAAGAAGGCUUCAUGGGA